AACAAGUUCGCCUGCAGUCCAGCGGUGCAUUCACUGCUAUAAAGUUUCUCUACACCACCAUCGUAUCCAUUGCUUUCCAAUCUCUACAUUAUCAUCGUUUUCAGUACCAACAGCGACAACAAUGGCAUCGAUGGCAGCCCCCACGAUAGUCCUCCCAGACGCACUGUCCAAACCCAUAGACGUCCUCAUGAUCGAUAACUUUGACUCAUUCACCUGGAAUCUCUACCAAUCCUUAUGUCUCCUCGGCGCAAACGUCACAGUCAUCCGCAACGACGCCAUCCCCGCCACCGCCCUUCACCAGCUCCAGAUCAAGUCCCUCAUCAUCUCCCCAGGACCAGGGCACCCCCAGACUGACUCGGGCAUCUCCCGCGAGGCUAUCCGCUACUUCACAGGCAAAGUGCCCGUCCUGGGCGUGUGCAUGGGCCUCGAGUGUCUCGUCGAUGUGUAUGGAGGUGCUAUCGGAUACGCGGGAGAAAUCAUGCAUGGAAAGCUCAGUCGUAUACGACACGACGGACGAGGCUGUCUCAAGGGCCUCCCACAAGGCUUCCUCUCCACGCGCUACCACUCCCUCAGUGCAUCCGUAAAGACCUUACCCCAACAUCUCAUGGUCACUUCAGCAACCGAAGAGAGCGGUGUCAUCAUGGGCGUCCGCCACAGAGAUUACACCCUCGAAGCUGUGCAGUACCAUCCCGAAAGCAUCCUCUCCGAAGCAGGCGACGAUCUGAUGCGCAACUUCCUUGCCCUCAAAGGCGGAUAUUGGCGUGAAAACCCCGAUUUUGGAGUGCACGACACGACACUCCCGCCCUUUCCCGUCGACAUCCUCAUGGGCAACAAGGCUGAGGAGGCAGCGGCGAAAACAAAGGUGCCGACGAUACUGGAAAAGAUAUAUGCACAAAGGAUCAAAGAUGUGCAGCACGCUAAGUCGAUUCCAGGCGCGACACCCGGCGAUCUCGAUAUUCUUCUCUCCAUGCACCUCGCACCCCCACUCACACCUCUCGUCGCCCGGCUCAAAGCCAAAAAGCCAGCGUUGAUGGCAGAAAUCAAGCGUGCAAGCCCUUCAAAGGGGAACAUCGCGCUCAAUGCCAACGCAGCGCAGCAAGCGCUCACCUACGCCCUCUCCGGCGCAUCCGUCAUCUCCGUGCUCACCGAGCCCACCUGGUUCAAAGGCAGCCUUCUCGACAUGCGUCUCGCCCGCCAAGCCAUCGACCACCUCCCCAACCGGCCCGCCAUCCUCCGCAAAGACUUCAUCCUUGACGAAUAUCAGAUCGCAGAGGCCAGAUUGUAUGGCGCGGACACUGUUCUGCUCAUCGUCGCUAUGAUACCCGUCGACAGGCUUCGCGUCCUGUACGACUACUCGCUCUCGCUUGGCAUGGAGCCCCUCGUCGAAGUCAACAACUCACGCGAAAUGUCCCUCGCGCUCGAGCUGGGCGCAAAAGUGAUCGGAGUGAACAAUCGCAAUCUUCACGAUUUCCAAGUUGACAUGGGCACGACGAGUCGGCUCGUCGACAUGGUGCGCGAAAAAGACGUCAUACUCUGUGCCCUGAGCGGUAUAUCCAGUCCCAGCGACGUGCGCCAAUACUCAGAGCAAGGCGUCGCCGCCGUUCUCGUUGGCGAGGCGUUAAUGCGCGCCACGGACACAAAAGCGUUCAUACACGAGCUUCUCGACUGGCCUCUGCCAUCACCUAGGGAAAAACAGGCACCGCUGGUGAAGAUAUGCGGCAUAAGGACGGAGGAGGAAGCUAUCGCUGCUGCGGACGCCGGCGCCGAUCUCCUGGGUCUCAUGUUCGUCCCGAGCAGCAAACGCCGCAUCUCACUUCCUAUUGCGCGCGAAAUCUCACUCGCGAUACACAAUUCCCUCGGAUCACGUUCAUCAGCCGCCUCGGCCACGCAGAGGGACGAGCUCGUCAACGAGCCCUGGUUCGCCACCCACGCCCAUCGUCUCGCCAAUCAGCCUCGCCGGCCACUCCUCGUCGGGGUGUUCCAGAACCAGAGCCUGUCCGACAUUCUGGAUGCAGUGGCCUCCGCCCAGCUGGACAUGGUGCAGCUGCACGGUAGCGAACCGCUGGAAUGGGCGAAACACAUCCCCGUCCCUGUCAUACGCGCAUUCCACGUCGGGCCGCAGGGGUCUGGGUUGGAGGACAUCACGCGCCCCGGUCUGCAUGAGUUUGUGCUUCUUGACUCGCAGCGGGCGAGCGAUGGGCUGAGUGGUGGGAGCGGGAAGGUGGUGGACUGGGACCUUGCUGCACGGGUUGUAAAGGCGGGUGAGUUGGUCACCGUGGCGGCAGCCGUCUCCGAGACGGCUGCAAGUGCAGAUGAGCCAAAAGUAAAUGGGAGUCAGGGAGAGGUGAACGGCGACGGCUCUCACGUUCCCAAGUCCUUCAUGCCCAUACUGCUGGCUGGGGGCCUGACUCCGGAGAACGUGAAGGAGGCUAUACUCAAGGUGGACCCAUGGGCCGUGGAUGUGAGCGGCGGGGUUGAGACUGCUGAUGGGAAAGGCAAGGAUAUGGAGAAGGUCGUUGCUUUCAUCAAUGCAGUCAAAGGAACAUGAAAAACAUAAGCUACCGCGAAAAAAUCUAAAAGCUGGAAUGUUGACGGUUGAGCACCGGAUAUGUAUUGUACUAAUGAUUUGUAUUCAUUUGGAUUUGAGCGGAAC